AUGAUAAGGGAAUUUGCCACUGAUGGCCGGUUCCUCAGUUCUCUGGAACUGUAUUCCAAGAUGAUGGAAAAGGGCCUAAAACCCGAUAAGUUUGCUUUUCCUUUUGCACUCAAAUCUUGUGCAGGAUUGUCUGAUUUGCAGAGGGGUAAAGUGAUUCACCAGCAUUUGGUGUGUUGUGGAUGCAGCAACGAUCUAUUUGUUGAUGCGGCUUUGGUUGAUAUGUAUGCGAAAUGUGGGGAUAUUGAAGCUGCCCGGUUGGUGUUUGACAAAAUGGCCGUGAGAGAUUUGGUUUCUUGGACUUCGAUGAUUUCUGGGUAUGCCCACAAUGGUUAUAAUAGUGAGACAUUGGGGUUCUUUGAUCUUAUGCGUAGUUCUGGGGUGAUACCGAAUCGGGUUAGUAUUUUGAGUGUUCUUCUUGCUUGUGGUAAUAUGGGAGCUUUGAGGAAAGGUGAAUGGUUCCAUAGUUAUGUGAUACAAACAGGGUUUGAGUUUGAUAUCUUGGUUGCGACCGCUAUAAUGGACAUGUAUUCUAAGUGUGGCAGUUUGGAUUUGGCCCGUUGUUUGUUUGAUGAAACAGCAGGAAAAGAUUUAGUUUGCUGGAGUGCCAUGAUUGCAAGCUAUGGAAUUCAUGGUCGUGGAAGGAAGGCAAUUGAUCUUUUUGAUCAAAUGGUAAAAGCAGGAGUAAGGCCUAAUCAUGUAACAUUCACUUGUGUUCUGUCAGCUUGCAGCCAUUCAGGGUUGCUAGAAGAAGGCAAGAGGUAUUUUCAAUUGAUGACAGAGGAGUUUGUAAUGGCCCCAAAACUCAGUAAUUAUGCAUGUAUGGUGGAUCUUCUUGGUCGUGCAGGACAGCUUUCUGAAGCAGUGGACCUCAUAGAGAAUAUGCCCAUGGAACCUGAUGCAAGCAUAUGGGGUUCUUUGCUUGGUGCAUGCAGAAUUCACAAUAAUCUAGAUUUAGCAGAGAAAAUUGCAGACCAUCUUUUUCACCUAGACCCAGUACAUGCUGGCUAUCAUGUUUUACUCUCUAACAUCUAUGCUGCAAAAUCUAGAUGGAACGAGGUCGAGAAGGUGAGAAAGAUGAUGGCUAGAAGGGGAGCGAAUAAAAUUCAGGGAUUUAGUUUGGUCGAGUAUGAUAACCAAGUUCAUAAGUUUGGGGUAGGAGACAGAUCACAUCCUCAAUGGGAGAAGUUGUAUGCUAAGCUUGAAGAGUUGGCUGCACCAAUGAAACACUUGGGGUAUGUCCCCUUAACGGAUUUUGUUCUCCAUGAUAUUGAGGAAGAAGCAAAAGAGGCAGCUCUUUCCUACCACAGUGAGAGGCUGGCAAUUGCAUUUGGGCUCAUCAACACUAGUCCGGGGACUACUCUUCGCAUCACAAAGAAUCUAAGGAUUUGUGGAGAUUGUCAUAAUGCCAUCAAGCUCAUCUCAAAAAUUGUUAAUCGGGUCAUCCUUGUGAGGGACAUGCACCGGUUUCAUCGUUUUGAGGAUGGAGUUUGUUCUUGUGGGGAUUAUUGGUAA